GGGAGACGCUUAUCUCCAAAUGAUCACCAAAAACCCACAAGUGGAACUGAGACUCCAGCCCUGGAGCUCUUGCUGGGACGGGCGCGCGCUUUGAGGUGAAACCAUGAGGAGAAAGUAGAACAGAACAAUAAUGCUUUUCCGCAAUCGCUUCUUGCUGCUGCUGGCCCUGGCUGCCCUGCUCGCGUUCCUGAGCCUCAGCCUGCAGUUCUUCCACUUGACCCCUGUGUCCUCGGCUAAGAAUGGAAUCAACGGCAAGAGUCGCAAGAGAAUCAUGGCAGACCCCGUGACAGAGCCCCCCGGGGCGGACCCCGUGUACGAAGCUCUCCUCUACUGCAACAUCCCCAGUGUGGCCGAGCGCAGCAUGGAAGGUCACGCUCCCCAUCACUUUAAGCUGGUCUCUGUGCACGCGUUCAUCCGCCAUGGGGACCGCUAUCCUCUCUACUCCAUUCCCAAAACCAAGCGGCCCGAGAUCGACUGCACCCUGGUGGCUGACAGGAAACCCUAUCACCCCAAACUGGAAGCCUUCGUUAGUCAUAUGUCGAAGGGAUCUGGAGCCUCUUUUGAAAGCCCCUUAAAUUCACUGCCUCUCUACCCUAACCAUCCUCUGUGUGAGAUGGGGGAGCUCACGCAGACAGGAGUCGUGCAGCACUUGCAAAAUGGCCAGCUGCUGCGGGACGUCUACCUGAAGAAACACCACCUCCUGCCCAACAACUGGUCUACCGCUCACCUUUACUUAGAGACCACCGGCAAGAGCCGCACCCUGCAGAGCGCACUGGCCCUGCUCUACGGCUUCCUCCCGGACUUUGACUGGAAGAAGAUUUACUUCAGGCACCAGCCCAGCACCCUGUUCUGCUCCGGAAGCUGCUACUGCCCGGUGAGAAACCAGUACCUGGAGAAGGAGCAGCGCCGUCAGUACCUCCUACGGCUGAAGAACGGCCUGCUGGAGCGGACCUACGGCGAGAUGGCCAGGAUCGUGGACGUCCCCACCAAGCAGCUGCGCGCCGCCAACCCCAUAGACUCCAUGCUCUGCCACUUCUGCCACAACGUCAGCUUCCCCUGCACCCGGAGCGGCUGCAUCGACAUGGAGCACUUCAAGGUGAUCAAGACUCACCAGAUCGAAGACGAGAGGGAGAGGCGGGAGAAGAAGCUGUACCUGGGUUACUCGCUCCUCGGCGCCCACCCCAUCCUCAACCAAACCGUCGACCGGAUGCAGCGAGCCACCGAGGGCGGGAAAGAGGAGCUCUUCACCCUCUACUCCGCCCACGACGUCACCCUGUCCCCACUCCUCAGUGCCCUGGGCCUGUCGGAAGCCAGGUUCCCGAGGUUUGCAGCCAGGCUGAUCUUCGAGCUCUGGCAGGACAGAGAGAAGCCCAGCGAGCACGCGGUCCGCGUCCUCUACAACGGCGUCGACGUCACAUUCCACACCUCCUUCUGUAGGGACCACCACAGGCGCUCCCCCAAGCCCCUGUGUCCUCUAGAGAAUUUGGUCCGCUUUGUCAAAAGGGACAUGUUUGUGGCCCUGGAUAGCAGCAGUACUAAUUAUUUCGAGGCGUGCCACAGGGAAGGAGCGUGAAAGGUACUCAGCAACAGCACUGGGGGCCAGUGCUCACAUGCCAGGCAGGAAAGGGGUCUGCUUGUAGUUUGGUUUUGAAAGGUUUCAAAGUCUUGAUUUUUUUUUUCUUUUCUGUACACUUGUGCCAGUU